AUGGGCAUAGCCGUAUACGAGAUCGGCGCGUCAAGCUGCCAAAUGCACCACAUCCAUAACCCCACCGAUGAAUACUUCAUCUACGAUCCACAUAUCCAACCUUUACAAGAUAACCCUAUCCUGAGAGGACGUUGUGAACUGAGCACCUUCCGACAGGAAGAAAGUGAACAUGUGAACAACUUACUCUCCACGUUUGGAAACGACGCAUCAAAUAUCCCAGAAUUCGGUGUGGGUAAUUGUCAAGAUUGGGUGGCUGGUGCGGUGGCGAUGCUUGAAGAUGCUGGUGUGUUAGCAAGUGAAGAGGGACCGUUCUGGAAGAAUAUGAUCAACGAGGGUGCAGAGAGUAUCAAGCGUGCGUGUGGGGAUUCGGGGAGGAAGUGGAUUGAUGGGCCGGAGGUGGUGUUUGAGGGGGAGCCGGAUGCGAGAUUUGGGGAUGAGGGGGGUAAGAAGGAAGUAGGGAAGUUGAAGGAUAAUGAGGCUUUUCGGGAGAGGAUGCAGGCGUUGAUGGGGAAGAGUAGUGGUGGUGGUGGUGAGGGAGGGCAGGGGAAUGUGGAUGAGAGACCGUUUUAUGUGUCGAGUCCAUUUUUCAGUCAGACGAAUAGACAUGGGUAG